AUGCUUCUGCUGUGGCUGCUGCUGGCCCUGCUCUGGUGGAGGGAGGAGGCUGAGGGCCAGAGGGAGCUCUGGGAAAAUGACAAGGAUUACCAGCUGCGAGUGCCAGGGCUGGUGACGGUGCAGGAGGGCCUGUGUGUGCGGGUGCCGUGCACUGUCUUCUACCCCCGGGAUGGCUGGACUGAUUCUACCUCAUCUCACGGCUACUGGUUCCAGGAAGGGGCCAUUGCACACCAGGAUGCUCCAGUGACCACUAACAACCCAGAUCGAAAAGUGCAGGAGGAGACCCAGGGCCGAUUCCACCUCCUUGGGGACCCCUGGACCUACAACUGCUCCCUGGACACCAGAGACACCAGGAGGAUAGAUGAUGGAAAAUACUUUUUUAAGGUGGAGAGAGGAAGUGCAAAAUGGAAUUACAUAUCUAACCAUCUCACCGUGAGUGUGAUGACCCUGACCCACAAACCCGACAUCCUCAUCCCAGGGACCCUGGAGGCCAGCUGCCCCAGAAACCUGACCUGCUCUGUGCCCUGGGCCUAUGAGCGGGGCACGCCACCCAUCUUCUCCUGGAGGACAGCUGCCCUCACCUCCCUGGGCCCCAGGACCCACCUCUCCUCAGUGCUCACCCUCACCCCACGGCCCCAGGACCAAGGCGCCAACCUCAUUUGUCAAGUGAAGUUCCCUGCAUCUGGUGUGAUCAUGGAAAGCAGCAUCCAGCUCAACAUCACCUGUGAGCGCUGGGCCAGGUCACCCGUGUCCCUGAGGGGGGAGGUGGGGAGCAGGAGGGCCAAGCUGGGGGUGCUUGAUUCUUUUGUCCUGGGGACCAGACUGAGUAGGGGACAUAGAUGGACGUAA